CAUCGUGUCACAAGGCAAACAACAUGGCUGCUUACAUGGUUUUGUAUAUUUACCUCUAGCUGCUGUUGUUAGCUAAUAAACGCCUAACUUCAUUGUGUAACAAUAAACAGUUAACGGUAGUUUUUGCUCCUUUUCUUGUAGUAAUAGGUUAACUGAUACCUCGUGUUUCACUGAGGACAAGCUUGACAAAAGGUAUAUUAAUCUAGAUAGCUGCAUUGCAUAAAAACAGGCUUCCAGUCAGUCAGUUGGAUUAAAAUCAUGGCUUUGGCAUUUGUCGCCGGGGAUACAUUCAGAAAUAGGGUGACGGAGUUAUUAGAAAAGACUGACUCAUCUCUGCCCCCGACAUUGAGAGAAGAACUGGAGGCGACUAUUGGAAAAGAAGAACCGACAACUCUGCCCUUCAGUACAGCGAGAGCACUGAAGAAAUACCUUCAGGACAAAGGACAUCCUUUCUACCUGCAUGAGGUGUUGGAGGAUGGCUCGCUGCACCUGCCUGAGGUUGUGAAGCCUCCCAGAAACCCACAGCUAGUCGCACGUCUUGAGAGGAUCAAAGCCAAACUGGCCAAUGAGGAAUACAACAGAAUCACACGUAAUGUUAACGCUCAGGAACUCAACCGCAAUGGAUCGUUGGGAGAUUUUGGACGGCAAGUGCGAUCAAUCAAAGCUGUGGUGGCGACCAUAUUCAACUUCCUGGUCACAGUGGUCGCUGCUUUUGCCUGUUCAUAUAUGGGCAGUCAGUACCUGUUCACUGACACAGCAGCACGAGUAAUAGCGGCUGUGAUUGCUGCCUCUGUCGUCGGGCUUGCUGAGUUGUAUGUGCUGGUCCGGACCAUGGAGGGGGAACUAGGGGAACCAUAGGGGCUACGCAAACCAGAUGACACACAAAACCAAUGAACUAUAGCCCUCAAAGCAGAACUUUGGCAACUGCCCACCGAGCCCUCUGAUUCAGAACAGACAUCUCACUUUGCCAUGGAAACCUUGUAGUCUUUUUUGCUUUUUAUUUGACGGGGAAAUUGGUGGAAUUUCUUUAGUACGGUUAAAGUUACUGAUAAUGUACAAAGUGUACGAGUAGCACUAACUGGAAGCUGGAACAUUACAACAAAGCAGAUUGUUCUUUGAUGUUGUCAGAUACUACUGCUUUAUCUGACCUUCCACCCGCUCAGACUUUCUUUUUAAUUAAAUCAAAAUAUGAAUGAUUUUCUUAUUUAUUUACAGCUAUUUUCUAUUUCAAACUACAACCUACAACAACUGUUAAUUUACUUAAUAUUCCAUUUUGUUCUCAGAUCAUGUAAUCAUAUGUUUGUGUUUUAAUAAAAUCAUUAGUAAAA